UUUCUUCACUCCUUUUUCUUUCCAAACAGGGAAAAGUGUUCCACGAAGCGGUAGGGUCUUUCUGCCUCGCCUUUUCCUCGCUGACCCGGGUCCCCGCUCCCGUCCGAGUGCCAGCUGGCAGGGCGAGCGCUGGAAGCCCUUCUGCGCCCGUUGCGGGGAUCCCGGAGAGGGGCGCGAGGCGUGGGGCCGCUCCCGCGCCGGCACAUGGCUGCAGCCGCCCCGCGCGCACCCCGAGGCGCCGCGCCCAGCUCGCCCGAGGUCCGUCGGCUGAGCCCGCCCGCCCCGGAGCCAAGCAGCGACUGAGCGGGGAGGAGCCCGCGCCCGGGCAUCGGGAUGAUCCUCCUCGUCCUGCUCGGGCUAGCUUCCUACUAUGUUGGAACCUUGGGGACUCACACUGAGAUCAAGAGAGUGGCAGAGGAAAAGGUCACUUUGCCCUGUCACCAUCAACUGGGGCUCCCAGAAAAAGACACCCUGGAUAUCGAAUGGCUGCUCACCGAUCAUGAAGGGAACCAAAAAGUGGUGAUCACUUACUCCAGUCGUCAUGUUUACAAUAACUUGACUGAGGAACAGAAGGGCCGAGUGGCCUUUGCUUCCAAUUUCCUGGCAGGAGAUGCUUCCCUGCAGAUUGAGCCUCUGAAGCCCAGCGAUGAGGGCCGGUACACCUGCAAGGUGAAGAAUUCAGGGCGCUAUGUGUGGAGCCACGUCAUCUUAAAAGUCUUAGUGAGACCAUCAAAACCCAAGUGUGAAUUGGAAGGAGAGCUGACAGAAGGAAGUGACCUGACUUUACAGUGUGAGUCAUCCUCUGGCACAAAGCCCAUUGUGUAUUACUGGCAGCGAAUCCGGGAGAAGGAGGGAGAGGAUGAACGUUUGCCUCCCAAAUCUAGGAUUGACUACAACCACCCUGGACGCGUCCUGCUGCAGAAUCUCACCAUGUCCUCCUCUGGGCUCUACCAGUGCACAGCGGGCAAUGAGGCCGGGAAGGAGAGCUGUGUGGUGCGAGUGACUGUUCAGUAUGUACAAAGCAUCGGCAUGAUUGCAGGAGCGGUGACAGGUAUGGUGGCUGGAGCCCUGCUGAUUUUCCUCCUGGUGUGGCUGCUAAUCCGACGGAAAGACAAAGAGAGAUACGAGGAGGAAGAGAGACCGAAUGAAAUCCGAGAAGAUGCCGAAGCCCCGAAAGCCCGCCUUGUGAAACCCAGCUCCUCCUCCUCGGGCUCUCGGAGCUCACGCUCGGGCUCCUCCUCCACGCGCUCCACGGCUAACAGCGGCUCCCGCAGCCAGCGGACACCGUCCUCGGAAGCGGCGCCCCAGCCAGGGCUGGCUACCCACACCUACGGUCCCGUGGGGCCGGAGGCAAGAGGGUCUGAACCAAAGAAAGUCCACCACGCUACCCUGACCAAAGCAGAGAGCACUCCUGGCACGAUCCCCAGCCAGAGCAGAGCCUUCCAAACUGUCUGAGUUCGAGCGGACUUGACUCCCAUCCUUUCCCAGGAGUCAGGACUCUUCUCGUCAUUGACGCCCAGUCACCAGCCACACAACCGCCUCGGACCAAACGAGAGGUCAUUUAAGUAGCAGUGACCAUUGCAUGGGGAGAGAUUCAAAUGAACACUUUCCUCAUAUGACAGCAAACAAGGAAAAGGAUGUAAGCUGAUGGUCUCCAAAAAGGCAUCUCACUGUGCCUUUAGACCAGAGCGGGGGCCAAAUCUGUGCAUUUGGGGACCAGGACCUGUGGUGAGAAAGGCUGGGGAGAGGGGAAGUGAACACACUUAGAAUUCCUCACUUGGGCUGUUUUGUGUCAACACUUUGACUCACCACUGUUAAGAAAUGAGGUGUUGUUCAUAAAUUUUCUAUGCAUUUCUGCAAACCUACUGGAUUGCUAUGAUUAUUCAGAGUCAAGCAGAACCCACAGCCUUAUAUCACACCUAUCUGCACCAUGAAAAACUCCAAAAAAGGAAACAAGUCUCUUCCAUCCUGACCUGACUUUAUUUACCAGAAAGUUUGGAUAUUAAUUUCAAGAGGAGUUGAGAAAUAGUGGGAGAUGGAGAAUGACUGAGAUUUUCCCACUCUGUUCACUACUAAUCUUCCUACUUAUAUUGAACUAAAAAAAAAGGGAGUCCAAAAUGUGUAACAAGGGACUGUGAAAAGCUUUCCAUCUUGAUGUUCAGAGGGCCACUGACAAAUAUCAGAAAUAUAAUGCUGGAAUAAUUGUGGAUUUUCCCUCAAAUUGGAUGUCUCUAAGGACUUCCCUGCUGGAUAUCUCUGGAGCAAGAAAACAAUCAUUAGGUGUCGUUUAACAAUCUCCUUAGAAAGAAGUCUUCUAGAGAAAGAGAUCUUUUCAGAAUGCUGGAAUAUCAUCCAACCACAGUCUCUUCUUUCAGUGAACAUAUGAAAUCAGGAUUUCAAGACUGACUAGACUAAAAAGGGAGAUUAGAUCAGCUUUCUCUUAAUAUGUCAAGGAGUGUCAUCAGAAGUUCAGCAUUGUACCAAACUUGGAGCUUCCUCCAUUGCUUUCAUUUUCGGAGAAAGAUGUGAACCUGGGACUUUUGUUGAUUCUAGGCCUUAAAUUAUCAAAAAGUUCAGGGACUGACCGCUUUUCCUGAUGGCACUGCAUGGACAUCAUACCAUUCCCUCCUGAGAGGUGGAGACAGAGAGAAAUUCAGUAUUUUCCCAGUUUAGCCUCUCAGGAAGCCUAGCUCUGGGCUGGAAGGAUAGGAUAUUAACAUUUAGGGAAGAGAUGGUGAGGAUAACUAGUGGGUGGCAGGAGGGAUCUAGGUUAGUGCCUGUUAAAUACUGUUGGCAUCUUGGAAAGAAUUAGCAGAAAUGAUUUACCAGGAUAGCUCUCAGAAGAGCUGACACAUGGGAGAAGACAGGUGUCUGAGAAAUUAAAAGAAAGCAGCCUCCAAUACAACUUGCCUUUUUAAUAGUUUUCAUGACUCUGCUAGUCAAAUUCAUCCUAUGGCAAGAAUGCUAAACCUGAAAUAGCCCUUCAAAGACUCUGAAGCAAGUGUCAACAGAUCACCAGUGGUAGAGCAAAAUAUUUUUUAUUAUUAAAAGGACAUGGAAUUCCCUGGCAGGCCAGUGGUUAGGACUCUGCGCUUUCACUGCCGAGGGUGAGGGUUCAAGCCCUGGUCAGGGAACUAAGGCCCGCAAAAGUAAAAAUAAACAAAUAAAUAGAUAAAUAAAAAUAAAAUAAAGUCUUUAAAAAAAAAGGCAGCAGGCUAUAGGAAAGAAAAAGUAGUGCUGAAUGUGGUGAUAAAAGCCCUGUUCCUAAAAUGGGAAUCAGGCGCUUAAAGGGAAAAAGUUGAUCUGGGAUUUUGCCCUAUUUCUGAUUUUCAUUUUUACAUCUAAUUCUCACAUAGUACAAAUGCAUUUCCUUCCAAAAUCCUUUAAGAAAUAGGGUUUUAUCCUUGAGUGAAAGUUUCAUCUUGAGUUUUGUCUUCCUCUAAAAAAAAUUGGGGGUAAUUCCCUGUUAGUCCAGUGGUUAGGACAUCAUGCUUUCACUGCUGAGGGCAUGGGUUCAAUCUCUGGUCAAGAAACUAAGAUCCCGCAAGCCACGCGGCAUGGCCCCCAGCCCCCCACCCCCCCCAAAAAAAAGUUGGGACAUAAGAGACAUUGAGGAAGUAAUGUAAAAAAUGCCUGCCAUUAGUUUAAGAGGGCUAGCACAUUUGGAAUGCUUCUUAUACUAACACUGCCUCAUUGUAAGACAUAAACUCCUUACUCCACUUCCUUAUUCUUCUGGUAGUGUGGUGUCCAGGCAACAUAACACAUCUGCUCUGUAAUUCUGAGAAUUCUCAUUCCUAGAGUACUUGAGCCAAAUGAGUAUGCUGUGGCAGCUGCAGCUCUACCAUCACUAGGAAUUUGCUCUUAUCAUUAUUUAUUACCUUUGAACCUAAGGUUUCCUGUCUAUGCCUCUGCAAGCAGGAAUCAGUCCCCUUUGCGUGAAAAGGUUUUGAUUAUUUAAACAGGUUAGUUAUUAGAAAACUAAAAUACCAGUUGAAUAUCCAUAUUAUUUUGGAAGUCCAUUCAUACUGGAUAUCUACAAAAAAUGUCACAAAACAAAUUAUUACCUGAAAUCUGAGAAAGUCCAAGAAUUGAAGAUUCUGAGAGAUAAGGUGCUGAAGUCUUAGUGAUAGUGUGCUUCUGUUUCAGUCAGGCUUUUGGGUUCAGAUAUGACAGGCUCUGGGUUUAAGAUAAAGUUUGAGCCACUACUGGUUUCAAACCAUAUUCCAUUAACCUUGCAAGUCAAACAAAUUUGAUUCUUCAAUAUGAAACAAAAAAGGAUAAAAUAGAUGGUGGAAGAAAAAGUGUAGGAAGAAGAUACAGAUGGAAUGAUGCGGAUGUUUAGAAAAUAACCAUUUCAAUAAAAUGCACACACUAAACUUAGAACUGUAAAAGAAUGAAGUGAUGCCUUUGUUGUUACCCUGUAUAAGAACAAUGUCAAAACUGCCGUUGCGAAAAAGACAUAUAUAAUUCUGCUUCAUUUCUCGUGUUAAGCUGUUUAUAUUUCAAUUUUAACUUCUAAGUUGCCUUGUAAAUGGGACUGUGUUUGAUCACAAAAACCAAGUAUUUAUUACAGGUGCAUCUGUGUCGGCAAUUUAAAAAUAAAUAAGUAAAGGUGAUACUGUAGGAGAGGCUGAAGCUCAUAUAACCUGCAUUGGAAAUUUAUUUAUUAGCUUGCAGCCAACUGAAGAACAGAAGAACUCAGACUGAAUAUGAUCUAUUAUUUAUUGAUUCCAGUCACAAAUAUACCAAGCACUUUUUUCUCACAAGGCGAGAUACUAAGUAGUCCUGGACAAACCAAGUGACGACAAAGUUCAUGACAGUUUCCGACCUUAAGGACUUUAUCAAAAUAAAAAUAUUUACUAAGCCAGUAUUUUAUAUCAAGGCGAAGUGCCAGUAAAAAAGUACACACUAAGGGGUUCAAAGAAAUCUGAAAAGUAAACACUAUGAGAUUUAAAUAAAUCUGAAAAAAAUUUCACAGAAUUAAAUGAGGUAAUAAUAUGCAAAGCACUUAGAACAGUGCUUGGCCUGUGACAAGCACUCAAAAAAUGUUAAUCAUGACCCUCCUCCCUAGUCAGAAACUCUAGGCCUCAGACUGGAGCCCCAGGCACCCAAACUUUAACUUUAGAUCCUGAGUGGGUUUGAAACCCUGUGCAUUUAAAGAGGUGGAGACAGGACAUUUAUCAUUAUCUGAACUUUAUACAUAACACAUAAACUCUCAUUCUAGUCGAUAAGAAGAUAGUUCAAAUCCUAGAACACGUUUUGAAAAUGACCAGAAGGGAAGGUUAUCUGUUCAGCUUUCUGUAGUCACUGCUACUAGGUGGGAUACCCCAAACCCGUGGAUUUAGGCACCCGUUCUACUUUCCACCGGUUCAAAUCUUGUAGGUAGUUCAGAGGUUAGUUUAAAAAGCUGCAAAAUGUAGGGUGUGGUUCAGAGAUUGUACUCGAUAAAUUGGGUGGGGAGAGAAGUCUGCAGAUGCUAAAGAAAACUGCAAGAAGUUUACAUCUUUCUCGGCAGU